UCACAAAAUUACCUUUAUCACCAUGUCAACCUUGUCUUUCAAACUGUAUUUGAAUAAUAACUGCCUCCAGGCUCUGCCCCCACUUCUACUUAUCUGCAGUGUUGGGGAGGAUGUAGGACUGCAGCAGGGCUGUGGAUGAACAUGAUGGUGUAUGCUGUGCUGGACAGAGCAGGGAGAGUUACAGGACAGCUUACAGCAGGCAGGGGCCAGGUCUGGGGCCAUGCCCGGGGUCAGGGCCAGGUCUGGGGUCAGUGGCUGCUGGUCCUUUACCUCCUGUCUGGUUCUGCUACGGGUGUCUCCACACCCUGCUCUGACUUCCUCUCCGCCGUCCGCUCCUCUCCAGACCUGAGGCUGCUGAGGUUCUCAGCGGGGCGGAGCCCCUGUGGAUCUCCAUACGAGGUCCCAGCAGAACUGCCGAGCCUGCCCUGGCAUCCGGACAGCCCAACGGUGGUAGUGGUGCCUGGCAGGAGGCCUCCGGGGGUACAGCCCAGCUGGGUGAGGACCAUGGCAGGGGAGCUGCUGGCGACAGGGCUGAGCAACGUGCUGGCUGCCGACUGGCUGGCUGCUCCGGAACAGGAGAUAACAGAGGGUGCUCGUCAGGUCGGGGAGAGACUGGCACAGGUCAUCUGGGCGUUGCUGGAUCAGGGGUCUUCUCCUGGGAGGUUUCACUUGAUUGGCUUUGGUGUUGGAGCCCAUGUGGCGGGUGUGGCUGGGAAAUGUCUUCAUGGAGCCAUAGGAAGAAUCACUGGACUGGAUCCUUUUGCGCCAGUGUUUUCCGAGGCAAACAUAAGUUUCUCUUUGAGUUACACAGAUGCACAAUAUGUGGAUGUGAUUCACACCAACUUCAAUCCGAACGAGCCUGUGGCUGCCCUAGGGGGUUCCGGACCAGUGGGCCAUGUUGAUUUCUACAUCAGUCGAGGACAUCAGCUUCCUGGAUGCCCUCCAGGUCUACUGAAAAGGGAGGAAUACCUGCUUUGCAGCCAUCAGUGGGCCUAUAAGAUCUUCACCAGCUCCAUCCAUGGUUCCUGCCCUUUCACGGCGAUACCCUGCCGUGGAGUCGAAGACUUCUACAAUGCUGCCUGUACUGACUGCCACCUCCCUGACCUCGCUGUGUGCCCACAGCUGGGAUAUGACAUCAGCUGGUUGCCCGUCGAGCGUCCAAUCCCGAUCCGACCCUUGACUGCUUUCCUGAGCAUCACAGCAAAGGCUCCAUUCUGUGUUCCGGGGUUCUGGACUUUUACCCACAACAUGUGUACAAGUUCAUGGUUUCAGUGGAGCGUGCAGAAAACUUUAAAACAAUGUCUCUGAAGUUCUUUUCUCAACGUCUUCUCUACUUCCAAUGGAGGAAAAAGGACAUUUUCAUUGGUCAACUGUUGCUCAUUCAACUUCCUAGAUUCAAGGGGUAAAUAAUGUCCAUGUUCAGUCCAUGCUCAUUUUUUUUUACAGAAUCUUUUAAAUAACAUAGCCCACACGUUUGUUCCUCGUAAAUACAUUUUUUCUGAAUAAUUUUCCAACAGGAGUAUUUACAGGGCUGAGAAUAUUUUGGCAGUUGAAAACCAGAGCGUUGAAGUUCAUCUAAAAUUGUGAACUGUAAAGGACAAAUUAUUAUAGCAGAUG